GGGAGCCACGAGCUCAGAGUCACAAUCACAAGCGAUAUCCUCCCAGUGCCUCCCCGCGCCCGCCCUUGCCUUAUCGGCAGAAAAAAAGCACUGGCACUGCUCGUCUCUUCUUUGAAACCGCUACAGCAUCAUCAGAUCGUCCGAUCGUCUCAUGCUCCUCAUCCGAGUGAAGUGGACACUGAAAAAAGCAACUACAAGUACAUAGACAUCGUCACUGUUCUUUUCUUAUCUCAUCAGCAGUAUCAUCGCUUCAUUCCUUCAGAGACCCCCACUAUCACUACGAGCUUCAACUGUCCCUACCACGUCACAUAGCGCACCAAACUGAAUACCUACACCUACGCCUACACCUACACCCACACCCACUUCCACACCUACAACUAGUAUUACUUGAACGCACUGGUACUAGCGCCACCAUGGGGAAACCCCGCAUGAUUAUCUUGAUUAGGCAUGCUCAAUCCGAGGGAAACAGUAAGUUCUACUUUGUGCUCAAGCAUUGGCGUUGUCAUUGUGCUUGUGCCUGUGGAUACAGCAAACCACUAUUGCAUUGCUUUGGUUGGAACGGCAAAGCUAAUCUUCCUCACCCUCCUAGAAAAUCGAGAUAUCCACCAAACUAUCCCAGAUCACAGAGUCAAACUCACUCCCGAAGGCUGGACCCAAGCAUAUGAUGCUGGGCGACGACUACGCUCGCUUCUGAGAGCGGACGAUACACUCCACUUCUUUACAUCACCUUAUCGACGAACUCGCGAAACGACCGAAGGAAUCCUCUCGACCCUAACUUCGGACGAGCCAUCCCCCUCCCCCUUUCCCCGUCAAUCGAUCAAAGUCUACGAAGAGCCCAGACUGCGAGAGCAGGAUUUUGGAAACUUCCAGCCAUGUUCGGCCGAGAUGGAGAGAAUGUGGCAGGAGAGAGCAGAUUAUGGCCACUUCUUCUACAGAAUCCCGGACGGAGAAUCGGCUGCUGAUGCGUACGAUCGAGUUAGUGGAUUCAACGAGAGUCUUUGGAGACAGUUUAGUGAAGAAGACUGCGCCAGUGUUUGCGUACUAGGUAUGUUGCGCAUCCAAUAUUAAAUAAACAUCAAGUGGGAGUCUUUUGGCUAAUGUUGACGCAGUCACUCAUGGCCUUAUGAGCCGAAUUUUUCUCAUGAAAUGGUACCACUUCAGCGUGGAAUACUUUGAGGAUCUCCGGAAUGUCAACCACUGCGAAUUUCUUAUCAUGCGAAAGAAGGAAGAUUCAGGCAAAUACAUCCUCGAAAACAACCUCAGAACAUGGUCGGAACUGAAGAGGGAACGCCUCGAGGCCGCAGCUGCUAAAGAAAAGUUGUCUUCAUCCUCUACCCAGCUGUCCGAAAAAGACAAAGAAAAGGAAAAGAGACUCUUGGACGUCGCGCAAGGAGGACUUGCCAGCCCUGUUCCAAUCAGAAAGAAGUGGGGAGGCUGUCCAAAUGGCUGCGAUCACGGUAAGUACAACUACAAAAAGGAAAACUCGAUGCAUGCCAUGCAAUUGAAUGGAAGGCCAAUUGAUGUUAGCACAACUAAGGAAACCGUCAUUGCUCGACGACCUACUGCACGACGCUGGCAAUCUUCCAGUGAAGAGGAUGACGAUCCAAGAGGCCGCUCGAGCCUGAAACCAUCACAACUUGAUGUACAAAAGUCAUUAGAAGAUGGAGUGAGUAGCCCGGAUGGGACUCCAUCAUUUAUUGGUGUUGAUGAGCGGAUGCGUCAUAGAGUGGUUUCUCCUGCUCUUAGACACGACCUCCUAGUCCGCUCAGCUGGUCGUGAUUUCGGUGGCUCUGCAUCUGGGCGUACUAGUCAAGCAGGCAGUGAUACCGAAUACUCGCCAGAAGAAGACACUCGAAAACGGUUGGCGAAGGGGCAUGGAUCGGUCCCAAGCGGGUAUGUGCCUUUAGUUGGGAAGAGAGAACAGAGUGGAAUGAGAAAAAGUGCCAUGGCCGAUGCACUAGGAGACCAGGUUGAUGUUGGAAGUGAUGCAGGAAGCGAGGCGGAGCCCGAAAUCGAUGAUCGAGAGGAACUGAAGGAUCUUUCGAAGGCGGAAAAGCAGGAUAAGAGUAUUAAAGGGAGUGUGUAUUAAUCACCUCUUUCCUUCCAAUCUUCAUCCAUGCAAUUCUGGCUUGCUUUCCAUACAGUCUCCCAGAAGCCUUUCGGUGGCUCCAUGACGCAACUUGCUUUUCUGGGGUACGUUUCCUACGUUGCAUAGUCAGCUGGAAGAGGGUUCUAUUCUAAAAGCAAAGUGAAUCAUAGCCUGCGAGAAUGGCAUAGAUGCAUUAGAUAGAUUUGUGGUUUUUUCUCUUUGCAUUUUUUGGCUUGGAUAAUGAAUGGCGUUAGAAGUAAUACCAAAUGUUUAUAAUGAAUUACAAAAGAUUUUUUUAAUAUA